ACCCUCCUCCCUCCACUCCCGGUUGGUCUGCAGCUUCGGAGGCGCAAAAGUGAGGCCGGGGUCUCUAACUUUGCAAAGGAACGAAGGCGGGGCUUUCCCACGAGUGGGAGGCACUUCGAAGUCUGCUUUCGCCUCCCUUUCGGGACUCAAAAGAAGCGCCGUUUGCUCUCGCUUCGUUUGCAGAGGCUUUGAGCCACGAUGAAGACGCUCCUGGUGCUGGCGAUGGUCGGCCUCCUGGCCGCUCUGCUCGGGGAACGCUACAUGGCCCUCCGACAAAGAGCUUGUGGUUCACGAGAACUGAAACCAAAGCGGCUCCCAAAUUGCCAUCUUAUUAAAGGAAUUGAGAAUGGUGCUGAAGAUAUUGAAAUACUUCCCAAUGGCCUCGCUUUCAUUAGUGCAGGCUUAAAAUUCCCUGGGUUGAAAAGCUUUGCCCCCGAUAAAAGGGGGGAGCUAUUACUAAUGGACUUAAAUGAAGAAAAUCCCCGACCAAUUGAGCUACGAAUCAGCCGUGGCUUUGAUCUGGCAUCUUUAAAUCCUCAUGGGAUCAGCGUAUACAUUGAUAAAGAUGAUACAGUGUACCUUUUUGUCGUAAAUCAUCCACACUACAAGGCAACGGUGGAGAUUUUUAGAUUUGUUGAGGAUGACAAUUCUCUGGUGCAUCUUAAAACUAUCACACAUGAUCUCCUGCCAAGUGUGAAUGAUAUUGUGGCCCUGAGCCCUGAUAGUUUCUAUGCUGCCAAUGACUAUUACUUCCGUGAACAAAUUUUAAAGUUUUUGGAGAUGUUCCUGGGUUUGAACUGGGCAAAUGUUGUUUACUACAGUCCAAAAGAAGUUAAAGAAGUGGCAGGAGGAUUUUACUUUGCUGGUGGCAUUGGCAUUUCACCUGACGGAAAGCAUGUCUACGUUUCUGAUUCAAUGAGCCAUAGCAUUCAUGUCUUUGAAAAACAUGCCAAUUUCAGUUUGUCUCCUUUGAAGACGUUGCAGUUGGACAGUAUAGUUGAUAACAUAUCAAUUGAUCCUUACACUGAAGACAUUUGGAUAGGAGGCCAUCCCAAUGGCAUGAAGUUGAUCUUCUAUGAUCCAGAGAACCCUCCUGGUUCAGAGGUAAUUCGUAUUCAGAACAUUCUGUCUGAGAAGCCCACUGUCACCCAAGUGUAUGUUGACGAUGGUUCGAUAAUUCAAGGAAGUUCCUGUGCUGCAGUAUAUGAUGGGCAUUUGUUCAUUGGCACUGUAUUUCACAGACUUCUCCAUUGUCACCUGGACUCUAGCAGCGGAAAAGGUCAAAAUAAUCAGAACUGAGCUUGUCCUGUCCAGCUCUGAAAUGCCUAACUUCAUUCCAAAUAGAAUAACAGGAGUUGUUCCUGCCCUUUUUCACAUACUCCUUCCAGAGAGGGAGAAUCUUUAUGGUCCUGACAAGAAGAAUUUGUAUUUUUUUAAAAACACACACACAUAAGAACAGUGAAAUUGGAAGAAAGGUUGGAGAUUUACAGUUUUCUAACAUUCAUUAAAAAAAGCAAAACCUGUGUUGCUUUUUCUUUUUGGGGAGGUGGGAAAAGAAAAAGCAGUUGUGGCCUAGGUAUGAUGUAAAUCUUGAUCACCUUUAUGAUUCAUUGAUGCUCAGAAUUGUCUGCAGAAUUGUCUGGCCAUCUGUCGGGGGGCUUUGAAUGCGAUUUCCUGCUUCUUAGCGGGGGGUUGGACUGGAUGGCCCAUGAGGUCUCUUCCAACUCUACUAUUCUAUGAUUCUAUGAUUAUGCAUUUUUACUACAUGUUCUUUUAAAAACUGUAUAAACUGAGAACAUUUGUCUUCCAAUGUAUUCAGUACUACUCUUGCCUUCUUUUCCUUCAUUUUCUAAUGUUUGAUGUCUUAAAGUCUAUAACUUGGAUCCAGAUUCAAUGUUAUGUGCCUUCAAGGUGAUUCUGAUGUAUGAUGACCCUAUGAUAGCGUUUUCUUGGCAAGUUUCUUCCAUUGUUGUUCUGUAAGGUGGAGAGAGAGUGGCUUUCCAAAGAUCACCCAAUGGUUUUCCAUGGCCGAGCUGGUGAGAUACAAACCCUGAUCUCAUGUAGUCCCAGGUCAUCUCAGUUCACUACAGGCCAUUUGUUCUCAUAUCCAGAUUUAGCCUUUAUGGAAUUAAGUCUGAUUGAUUGCAGUGGAUCUUCUAGAAUGACUGAAUCUAGAUGCAAACGGCCCUUUGCAUCCAUGGAUUCAACCAUUUGAAAACAUUAAAAAAGAAUUCCCAAAAGCGAACCUUGAUUUUGCCAGUUUAUAUAAUGGGCAUCAUUUUACCAUGCCAUUGGUAUGAUACUUGGGACUUGAGCGGCCAGAUUUUGGUAUCCAUGAAAGAUCCAGGAACCAAACCCCGGCAGUUUAGAUGUACCUUGUCACACAUGGAAUUUAUUUCUUUUUGCUGCACAGAUUUCUAGACAAGGGAUUGUUAUCUAUUCCCAAUUAGGCCUGAAGUGGGUUGACUGAGUUUUUAGAUGCAAAAAUGGUUAACAUGGGUGGCUAAUGACACCUUGGCUUUCUGAUGGUUCAUUGUACUGAAACUUUGUUUCAGGCACAAAACCAUUAAAUAUUGUGUAUAAAAUUGCAUUCCAGCCUUGUAGAUAAUGGAUAUAUGAAUCAUAAAUGAAUUUCAUGUUUAGACUUAUUAAAUACAUAUACGUAUUACAGGUAUGCCAAAAUUUGGAAUCCAAGACACUUCUGAUCCCAAACAUUUGAGAUAAGAAAUUCUCAACCUGUAUCGGUAAUGUUCAUUCAUGUGCUACUGUGUAUUUGAUGCACCACUGCAUCCAUAGGGAUCCUGUGUGUGGAAACGUAUUUAUGCUGUCAUUAGUUGAAUAAAACUCUUCCCCAUUGUAAUUUUUAAAAACUGUCCUUGCACAUGCCACUAACAGGAUGCCAGUCUAUAGUUAUAUUUUUUCAAAAUAUGUAGUUGUAUCAUGUUUGAGACAUCAUACACAAUUGAUGGCAAGCUCCUCACUGUAACAGUCUUAUAGAGCAGUCUGAGAUCACAUUCAAAAGAAAUAUAAAAAGCCUCAGGAAAAUGAUGUACAGUACAUGUAAUUCUUACUCUGCUCAAUACUGUAUAAAUUGGCAAUCUGGCUGUCAUGUCCGUUCGAGAAAGCUGGAUCUUUUCAUGGAGGCUAACUACAUUUGUCAAAGAUUUAGAUCCAGCAAACAAACAAAACCCUAUCUGCCAGUCUCUACUUUUGAGAGCUGUGGCUAAAACUGCUGUUCCUAAGAAACAGCUGAUCUAAAGCAUCUAGGGGCCUUUCCACACAGCCAUAUAACCCAGAAUAUCAAGGCAGAAUAACCCACAAUAUCUGCUUUGAACAGGUAUAUCUGAAUCCACACUGCCAUAUAUCUCAGUUCAAAGCAGAUAAUGUGGGAUUUUAUUCAGCUGUGUGGAAGGGGCCUGAGAGUUUUCACAUUUUUCUCUGAACAGGUCAUGUUGCCCUGAAAUUUAAGCAUUGCAUGGUAACAGGUCAGUGUUGAUGUGCCCUAGUAACCACUAGGUUCUUUAGCAUGAUUCUUAUCAUAAAUGUCUAUGAAGGAUGGCUCUAGAAUUGCUUUGGAGGAUCUAGAGAUCCAAGAGAGGUGUUCUGUCUAGGAAUCUCUAGGUUCUCCAGAAUGACUUCAUGGUCAGCUUUCAGAAAAUACUUAGAUUUCUAGAGAUAACAUCCAUAGUAGACAGAUCCACAAAUGUGGAGGACCAACUGUUAUUAAUCUUAACCCACUGAACCCAAAGUCUUUAACAUCACAAUAAGGACAGAUUCCCAACCCAACAAAGUCCAAAGUUUCUGCCAAGGAGCUGGAACACCCUGGGACUUCAAACUGCUUCUUUUUGCUAACUAAACACACAAAAAAUGAGGAAUUAGAAUAACGUUUCUAGGGCUUGAGGAUUUCCCAGACAUACAGAUACACUCGAGGGAGGUUGGAUCUCCUCCAACAUUUGUCGCCAUUUCCAUCCUGGAAGGAAGAUCUAAUGAACCUGAUGUCUCCUGGGAGACUUUCUCAAUGACUGGGAGAAAAUCACACUGUGAGAAUGGUUCUUUAAUGACAUGAAAUGCAUGCCUGGACUUACAUUCAUUUUUAGAACGUCACAGAUUUAAUGCGGCUGUUUUUCUGUAACAAAUUUUGCAGAUAAUUAAAAUAAGUGCUGAAUAAAACAGAUGGUGGCGUUGAGAA